AUGGCUCAGUCCGCCCCUGUCCAGACGAAUUUUACCAAGACAGCUUAUGUCGGGGAUGUAUCCGCACUUGCCCUUCUGCCCUGGCCCUCCGCGACCGCCCACCCCUCUGUUUCGCGCGGCUCACAGCCUGCCGCCGCUGCCUCUCACGAAGGGUCGUGUGCGCUUUGCGGGCGCCAGGAGGAGGAGGAGGAGGCACGCGACGCAGCAGCGCGAGAGGAGCGGGCUGACUGGGAAAGCGAGCAACACGCUCAAACGCUCGUCUCCGCGCGCCCGCAUGCCACUCCCCUCUGUUUUUCGCUGCGCCCGCCGCUUUCCCGUUCCCGCCUCUCCUUCUGCCCGGCCUCGUCCGCGCGCCCUCCGCUCCCCCACUGCUCGUCUUCUCCCCGCAUGGCCUCCCCUUCCCCCGUCACGCCUUUCCUCCCUCCGCCCCUCCUCAUCCCAUUCCACCUCCCUCUCCCCCCUCCCCACUCAUUUUUUUCCCCCACUCCUUCCACCUCUCCAUUCUUUCCGCAUUCCCUUCCCACGUUCCCCCACCACCUUCUCUUGCCCCCUCUUCCCCCCUUCACACCCCCCCUCCCACCCCCGCCCGCCGCGGCAGCCAUGGGGCCCACGCUGCGCUGCUAUCACCUGCCGUCGGGGCGGCUGCUGGCAGCCGUUGAUGUGUUCGACGGCGUGCGCAUCCACGGGAUCGUGCCACGUGGCAGCAGGGGAGUGGGCGGCGCUGUAUGGACCCGAGAGGGCGGGGGCAAGGGGAGGGGGGAAGCAGCAGCAUCGGUGGUGGUGGUGCAUGGGGAGAGGCGGGUGAAACUGGUGGUGCUGACGGUGCAGCAAGCAGCACAGGGGGCGGCGACAGUGACAGUGCGACAGCAGCAGGGCGUGGGGGAGCAGAGAGGGACCGCGGAGCAGGGGGGUGUGGGGCAGGGGGUGGGUGGGAGUGUGGAGCAGGGAAGCGAGGGGCAGGGAAGUGGGGGAGUGCGGAUGGCGGUGGGUGCAUGUGUGGUGUGCAGGGACCACUGGGUGUGUGAUGCCGCCCUGCUGCCCUGCCCUGUGCACGCCCAUGCCACACAGGCGGGCAUGCUGGCGGUGGGGCUGAGUGACAACAGCGUGGAGCUCUGGGCCACAGCAGCCGUUGGAUUGGACGGGACGUGCGGCCAGGAUGGCACCGGGGGGUUCUCUCUGAGGCUGCUGCGCUCUGUGGCUUGCUCAGACCGCAGUCUGCUGUACGCCAUGCGCCUGCACUGGCACGCGCCCUCCUCACACCUGCAUGUGGCGGCCGGCACCAUCUUCAACCAGCUGCUGCUCUGGACCGUGCCUCUCCACGCCUCUGCCUGCUGCGCCACUUUGGGCGGCAGCAGUGAAGAGCCAUGCCACGUGGCGCCCUCCCAUAGGCUGGGAGGUCACGAGGGAUCGAUAUACCGAGUGGUGUGGAAGGAGGAGAGUGACAGGGGGAUCUGGGGGGAAAGGGGAGGGGGAGGGGGAGAGGGAAGGAACGGCGGAGGAGGAGAGGAUGGGGAGGAUUCAAGCGAGGAAGGCGCCGAAAGCUUUACCCUGAUUUCACGCCAACAAUUGUCAGCUGGUGGUUCUGAGUGCUUCUCCUCCUACUUGUCGCCAUGCAGUGCGCGCGUGUGGCGUGUGACCAUGCCGGCCAAGGCACCACACGCACCACAGGCGGGCAGCUGUGAGGAGCAGUCAUCACGUGGUGGCGGCAGUACAGGCACGGUGGAGUGCAGUGCGGCGCACAGGGUGCUGUUCGGCCACGGGGCUCGCCUCUGGGACGCCCAUCUCGACUCCCAGGUGGCAGUGACGGUGAGUGAGGACUGCACGGCGCGUGUGUGGAGCAUCGAAGAUGGCCGCCUGCUCGCACUCAUCCCCGCACACCAGGGGCGGGGCAUAUGGCGGUGUGUGGUGCACCCCCCCACGCGCACGCUCAUCACAGGGGGGGCGGACGCCGCCAUCAACCUGCACGCCCUCCCCGCCCUGCCCUCCCCCCUGCCCUCCCCACGCGCCCUCCCCUCCACCGUGCCCCCUGCCCUGUCGUGGCACCCCCCUCUGGACGCGCUGCUGCUGCGCGUCACGCCCACGGGCGCCCUCACAGGCCACAGCAUCGCCCUCGCCUCUGCUGCUGCCGCCCAUGGCACUGUGACAGAGGGGGAGGCAGGGGUGGAGGGGGACACUGGUCGCAAGGAUAGGUGGGUGGGUGGAUUUGACAUGCGCGUAGAACUUGGUUGCACCUUCACAUCCCCGUGCCAUGCCCGUCAGCAUGCCCGUCAGCAUGCCCGUCAGCAUGCCCGUCAGCAUGCCCGUCAAUAUGCCCCAUCCUCCCACCAACCAAUGCAUUCCCCCAUGGUUCCUCCCUCCUUCCCACCACCGCAUCGAAACCCCUUUCCUCGCCCCAGCAGCAAGAGCGAGUUCAUCCGCGGCAUGGCGCUGGCCUCACCCCAUCUGCUGCUCCUCGCCACCAACCUGGGCGCGCUGCUCCUCCUCCGCCUCCCCGCCUCCCCCUCCUCCCCCUGCCCCGCCCCCAUUGUCCUCCUGCCCGCCGCCCCACCGUCCGCUUCUCAUGCUUCCCGCGGGCCAAUCGUGUGCCUCCACGUGGAAAGGGAGGAAGGGAGUGCAGAAGAGGAGGAGAAGGAGGAGGGGCAGGGAAGAAAGGAAUCUGGAGGAGCAGGGCAGGGGCGCGAGAGGGAGGGGCGGUGGCGGGUGGUGUGUGGGCUGGGCAUGGGGCAGGCUGUGGCGCUCUCGCUCUCUCUCUGGGCCCUGGCCCGCCGCCCCAUGCAUGCAAGCAGGGAAGGGGAUGGCGAGGGUGGAGGGCGUGGGGGGAAACAAGGGGCGGAAGGUGCAGCUGAGGAAGGGGGGCAAGGGGGAGUGGCAGGGGAGGGAGGGCGGGCAAGUGAGUUGGGGGAGGUGGAGGUCCAUUGGUGGAGGAACAUUGGAGACAUGGUGCAUGGUGCGUUCUCCUCACCAUCCCUCUCACCAUUCGUCCUCCUCACCCUCCAUCCGGACCAUCCCUCCUCACCGCAUUGCCCAGUGCCCACCUCCCCACCAUCCAUCAGGCAUGUCUUCACCACGGACCCAGCGGGCGGCGUUGUUUGGUGGCACUUGGACGACACUGCACCGCCACCUGCCCCCUCCACCUGCCCUCUCGCACUUGACACUGUUCACCUGACCGGGCGGCAGCUGCCGGCCACAGCAGUGGCAAGGAUCCAAUCACCGGGUGGCGCGCGCGUGCAAGGUACCCACCAUCGUGCCCUCCUCUCCUCCCAUGUGUCACACAACCCCCCAUCUCGCGCUUUCACUUCCUCUGACUCUGUCCCGCCCGCUGCCCCUUUCCCCAUCGCCCCUUUUUUCACCCUUUCCCACCCCCUUUCGGUCCCCCGUCCCCCCCUCUUCAUGACGUCCCAUGUGCCGCCUGGCCGGCAGCUGCUAGCGCUGGGCGACCAGAGGGGCCACCUCUACCUCUACCGCUUCUCCCUCGCCGCCCCUGCUGCCAGCCACCCAGUGGCGGACUGCCACGUGGCAGCAGUGCUCAAGGGGGCGCACGGCAUAUCGGCAGUGGCGAGUGUGGCAAUAGAGGGCGCAGCAGGCAUGGGCGCCGCUGCAGCGUCGCUUGGCUUCACUGCUCUCAUCCACACGGUUACGGCAGCUGCGAGUGCGGGCAUGGUGGGGCAUACGGGCAUAGCAUGUGCACCUAGCAGUGAGGGGGGCGACACGGGCGUGCAGGAGAGAGGGGGCCAGCAGGGUGGAGUGGUGUGUGUGGGGGUGCAGCGAGCAGGGGAGGUGGGAAUGGUGGAGCGCGUGGUGCGGGUGAGGGGCGAGGGAGGAGGGCGCAGGGCAGGCAGGGUGGCGGUGGGGUUUGCAGCGGCGGACUUUGUGGUGUGGAGUGUGGACGAGCAGGCAGAGGUGGCGCGCAUAGCAUGUGGGGGAUGGCGCCGCCCGCACGCCUUCCUCAUCGACACGCACUCCAUGGGGUCCUUCGCCUUUGCCUUCCUCAAGGGCAACCAUGUGCACAUCCACCGCACCUCACCUGCCGCCACACACUCCGCCCUGCCCUCCCCACACGCACCUCCACCCACGCCCCCCUGCUCCCUGCAUCCCACCUUCCACGGCCGUGAGCUGCACUCUCUCGCCCUCCUGCCUCUGCCCCAUCACCCCUCGCCCCGCACCCACACCCCCUCCUCCUCUUGCCCUUCUCCGCCGCGCCCCUCCCCGCCCUGCGCCUCGCUGCUGCUCUCCGCGGCUGAGGAUGGCUGCCUGCGCGCCUCCCUGUACGAGGCGUUAGGGGAGGGGGGCAGAGGGGUGGUGGAGGGCAGUGAGCGGGUGGGGGAGCACGUGGGGGGCAGCGCCAUCAGAGCCAUUGCCACGUGCGCUGCAGAGGGCAGCAGCACCUGUGAUGGGGGUGGUGGUGGUGGUGGGGAUGGUGCCCCCUCGUCGUGGCUGGUGUUCACAGCUGGAGCUCGCGAGGUGCUCAUGUGCUGGCUGCUGCUCUGCCCAGACCCGCCCCCCCUGCCUGCUGCCCCGUGCCAUGGGCCCGCCCGCCCUUCCACAUGCGCUGGGCAGCAGAGAGGGCAGGGGGAGGUGCAGACGGAGGGGGAGCAGCAGCGGGUAGGGAGGGAGGAGGUGGGAAGCAGAGGGGAGGGAUGGGAGGAUGUUUUCUUGAAAGGAAUGCUGGGAGGGGUUGGAGCAGAGGCGUGUGGAAGGGAUGGUGGAAUGGACAGGCGGCAGGUCUUGUCGUUUUGGUUGAGCACUCACCGGCCAGAUAAAAGGCGAGUGGUGCCGUGCAGUUCCAGUGGUAAUGGCAGCAGUGGCAGCAGCAGCAGCAUGGAGGAUGAUGUGCGGUACCUGAGCGUCACGGCAUUUUCAUUCGGCAGCUUCUCCCAGCGCUCGCUGGUGGCGGUGGUGGCAGCGGCCACAUCAGACGCGCACCUGCACCUGCUGGCCUUCCACGCGCCCUCCCUCUCCUGGCACCGCCUCGCCUCCCUCCACCACCACUCCUGCCCCGUCCUCUCCCUCCACCACCUCCUCCUCCCCUUCCCCACUGCCCACACUACCACCUCCCUCUCGCCUGCUGCCCCCACCACUGACCCCACCGCUGCCCCCUCGUCCUCGCUGGCCGCUCUCCCGCGGUGCCUGAUCACCAGCGGUGCCACGGACGGCUCUGUGGUGCUCUGGGAUGUCACCGCCCCUGUCACCCACUUCCUGCACGCCACGUGGCAUGCUGCCUCGCAUCUCCCCCCACUCUUCCCCUCAUCAUUAUCAACACCAACAGCAUCAGCAGGUGCAGCAGGUGGGAGCAACUCGGGGGCAGUGCGGCCGGUGAGUGGGCGGGGCAGUGAGGGGGGGCAGCGCAGGAGGAAUGCACGCUGGCACUUGCAGGGCGGGGGGAAGGGGCACAGGCAGGGCGGGGGUAAGGGGCAAGGGCAGGGCGGGGGAAAGGGGCACAGGCAGGGCGGAGGGAAGGGGCAAGGGCAGGGGGGAGAGAGGUCUGGCGGCAGCGAGGUUGGCGAACGAAAAGGGGAGGAGGCAGAGCGAGAAGGCGAGGGACGGAGCGAUGUUGAUUCUCAACAGAAGGCUGUUGGGACAGUGGGGGGGGGGGGAGAUCAGGGAGGGGCAGGUGAUGGGGAAGCGAGGGGCGAGGUGGAGAAAGGUUCAGAAGACACAGGAGGUGAGGAGAAGCAGCAAGGGCGCGCAGAGGCGCAGGGGUGGGCGGGUGUGGACGUGGGUCCCCUGUGCGUGGUGAGGGGCGCCCACCAGUCUGGCGUUAACUGCAUUGCCGCUGCUGCCACCACGGCAGGGAGGGGCCACUGGCCGGGGCAAGAAACGCGAGCGGAUGGGAGGAAUGGGAUGGAUGGGAGGGAUGGAGGGGAUGGAGGGGGUGGGAGGAAUGGGGCGGAUGGGGUGGAAGAUGGCGGGGUGAGGGGCGUGGGGGCGGCACAUGUGGUGGUGGUGAGUGGCGGGGACGACGAGGCGGUGCAUGCUGUGGUGCUGCUCCUGGCCGGCAUGGGCGCCGAGCACAGCGCGCACACAGCACGUUCCGAGGGGCUGCGCACAGAGGAGAGGGGGGAGGGAGGAGGGGAGGGGGGAGGGAGGGGAAUGGUGGCUCGAGUGGUGGCGCGGACAUGUGAGCCCAAUGCUCACUCCGCUGCUGUCAAAGGCAUCUGGACGGAUGGGCAGGCGGUGCUGUCGGUGGGGCUGGACCAGCGCCUGCGCUGCUGGUCCCUCUCCUCCAAUCACCACGCGCCACGUGGCGAGGCUGGCGGUGCCGAGGCAGCAGCAGAAGGGAGAUGCAGCGUGGAGGGGCAGAGGGGCGAGAGGGGGUGUGCAGGAGAGGAGGGAGGGGAGGGCGUGGAGGGGAGCAGGUUGGAUGCGGGGGAGGUGGCGUGUGGGGCGGGGGAGGCAGGGGCGCCUGUAGUUGCGAUGAUGGAGGGGGGGUUGCGGUUGGAGGGCAGGGGGCGGUGUGUGGAUGGGAUGGGGGAGGAGGGGGUGCAGUGGGAGGGCAGGGGGCGGUGUGUGGAUGGGAUGGGGGAGGAGGGGGUGCAGUGGGAGGGCAGGGGGCGGUGUGUGGAUGGGAUGGGGGAGGAGGGGGUGCAGUUGGAGGGCAGGGGGCGGUGUGUGGAUGGGAUGGGGGAGGAGGGGGUGCAGUUGGAGGGCAGGGGGCGGUGUGUGGAUGGGAUGGGGGAGGAGGGGGUGCAGUUGGAGGGCAGGGGGCGGUGUGUGGAUGUGAUGGGGGAGGAGGGGGUGCAGUUGGAGGGCAGGGGGCGGUGUGUGGAUGUGAUGGGGGAGGAGGGGGUGCAGUUGGAGGGCAGGGGGCGGUGUGUGGAUGGGAUGGGGGAGGAGGGGGUGCAGUUGGAGGGCAGGGGGCGGUGUGUGGAUGUGAUGGGGGAGGAGGGGGUGCAGUUGGAGGGCAGGGGGCGGUGUGUGGAUGGGAUGGGGGAGGAGGGGGUGCAGUUGGAGGGCAGGGGGCGGUGUGUGGAUGUGAUGGGGGAGGAGGGGGUGCAGUUGGAGGGCAGGGGGCGGUGUGUGGAUGGGAUGGGGGAGGAGGGGGUGCAGUUGGAGGGCAGGGGGCGGUGUGUGGAUGUGAUGGGGGAGGAGGGGGUGCGGUUGGAGGGCAGGGGGCGGUGUGUGGAUGGGAUGGGGGAGGAGGGGGUGCGGUUGGAGGGCAGGGGGCGGUGUGUGGUGGAUGUGCCCGAGGCAGAGGGGCUGGCGGUGAUGGGUCAAGGCAAGGGCAGGUACCUGGCAGCGGUGUGUGGCCGAGGCAUGCAGCUCUUUCACUGCACUGAGUCGGCGCCUUGA